CCGGCCACCCAAGGUGUCCCCCCGUCCCCCACACCCAACCCCGGCCCUCAGGACGCGGUGAAGAUCAUGGCGAAGGACCUGGUGCGGACGCGGCGCUACGUGAAGAAGUUCAUCACCAUGAGGGCCAACGUCCAGGCCGUGUCCCUCAAGAUCCAGACCCUCAAAUCCAACAACUCCAUGGCCCAGGCCAUGAAAGGUGUCACCAAGGCCAUGGCCACCAUGAACCGCCAGGUGGGUGCCCGGGGGGGGGCGUCCUCAAGGUCUCGGGUGGCCACCAAGAGGUCACCAGGGGUGGCCAUGAGGUUGUCCUUGAGCCCAUGGCCACCAAGAGCUCUUCAGGGGUGGCCGUGAGGUUGUCCUUGAGCCCAUGGCCACCAAGAGGUCUCCAGGGGUGGCCGUGAGGUUGUCCUUGAGUCCAUGGCCACCAAGAGCUCUUCAGGGGUGGCCGCAAGGAUGUCAUUGAGCCCGUGGCCACCAAGAGGUCACCAGGGGUGGCUGUGAGGAUGUCCUUGAGCCCGUGGCCACCGAGAGCUCUCCAGAGGUUGCCAGGAGGUUGUCCUUGAGCCCAUGGCCACC